GUGUACAAUUAAUAUACAGUAAUGUAUUCCUCAAUAUUAGAUUCGUUUCGUAUUUGCGAAAAAAUACCGCAAACAAUAAAAUCAAAAAUCAAAUUGUUUUAUGUGUUUAACUAUACGUUUGACCGGAAUGUCUACGAAAACAUACUGUUUAUGACCGACGAGCGCCAGGUUUACGGUAUGGGAGGCAAUGAAAACGGUUCGCUUGGUUUGGGUAAUGACAUACCACAGGAAUCACCACAACUGGUUCGGAAAUUACGUGGACUUAAUAUCAAACAAUUUGCACACGGAAUGGACUUUUUUAUGGCUCUUACUCAUGAUGGCGGGGUAUAUGGAUGGGGUAAGAAUCCACAUGGACAAUUAGCUAGAGAAGCCGACCAGGUUGAUAUGGAUGUACCUAAACCAAUUUGGCCACCUAGUAGGAUUGAAUUUUUCGAUAAUCUUAAAAUAAUUGCCAUAUCGUGCGGCCGACGACACAGUUUGGCACUGACUAGUGAUGGUCAAGUGUACGGAUGGGGUCGUAAUAUGUUUGGCCAAACAGGUACCGGCAAACCGGACGAGAAUGUGGCCGAACCGGUCAAAUUGAUAUUUCAAUCGGAUCAUUGUAUAGCGAAAAUCUACUGUAUUUAUGACUCAUCGUACGCCCUGACAAGUGAUGACCGGGUCUAUAGUUGGGGCGAAAAUUUUAACGAUGAGUUAGGACAUCAUACCGGUGCACAAACACCCGAUGAGGACGGGAUCCUAGCCCAUACUGGCAGUAUCGAUGUGCUUAUCUAUCAUCUAAUGUUACCGAAAUUAGUAGACCAAUUGACCGACAUUGUCGACGUCUACAAAGACGAUGAAAAUGGAAAGUCAUAUUUUGUUGGCCGCGAUGGCCGAGUAUUUUGUUGCGGUUACGAUCCGCGAUCUCAGGCACACUAUUACGUCGACUACUUUCAAGAGGUAUUACAUUUUGAGGAUAUACAGGACAGGUGGCACCUGAAUAAACGCAAUGUAUUGCGAUAUAUGGACAACAAAUUGUUGAUUACAUACGACAACAAGUUUGUUACUAUUGAUGACAACCCGUCGGCUAUUACGUCGACAAUCUAUAGCAAUAUAAUUUCAGUCUAUUUAACUAAAUGCCAAUUUACACAUAUGACUAUUGAUGUCGAUAAUUGUCAACUAUAUUAUCAACAAACAAAUAAUAGUAAUCUGUUUGUUGAUCCAUAUCUGCUAAAUGAAUACAAACAUAUCUAUGAGAUAUGUAUUGUACGAAACAGUUGGGAGUUAUUAUCAUCAGAUAUUACUUGUCGACCGAAAGCUACUGGUAUUGUACGCCAUGUUAUCAACCAAUUGUAUGGCAUAGCAAAUGAUGUCGACAGCGAUAAUGAUGAUAAUAAUAAUACUAAUGAUGAUAACAAUGGUAUUAAUGAUGAUAAAAGUGAUGACUACAUAACAAAUGUUGACAAUAUCUACCGAUAUGAUGGCUUUAAAUAUAUUUAUUGCAAUAGACUAUUACCAAUAGAUUUUGAUGAACAGAAUAUUCUGGAUCCAAACCAGUGGUUUUAUAAACUGAAUAUUGACUACUAUUAUAACGGUAUAAUUGAACAAAAUUAUAACGAUGCCUAUACUAUACAUAUUAUUGACUGUAAUUAUUUGGAUCAUAUGAACAAUUUACCGGCAAUUUUGUCGCACGAUUUCUACGAGAUUUUCAAUGAUUCUAGCUUUCCCGAUCAUAUUAAUCGUAUACGGAUUGAUGAUAAACUGGGCUCCGGUGGUUUUGGGACCGUUUAUUUGGCCAAUCAUCAACAAGGUAUUCAAUUAGGUGGUUACUGGGCAAUCAAAAAGAUUUAUAUUAAAAAUUAUAAUGAAAGAAAUAAAUUUCGGGCACUCAAUGAGGUAAGACUAUUGGCCAAAAUUCAAUCACGACAUGUAAUUAAAUAUCGUGAAUCGUUUGUCCAAAACCAACACCUUUACAUAUCAAUGGAUUAUUAUAAGUAUAAUCUAAAAAGUAUUAUACAUCUAAUGGCCAGUAAUGUGUUUAAACGGCAAACACAGGAAUCAAUCAAAUUUACAGAGUUUUUCAUUUUAUGGCAACUGUUUUGCCAAUUACUCGAUGCCGUCCACUAUUUACACCAAUUGUCGCCACCGAUCAUACAUCGAGACAUUAAACCGGAAAACAUUAUGAUUGAUAAUCGCAACGCUGGUCUAAAGUUAGGUGACUUCGGGUUAGCCUUUUUGUUGGAAAAUAUGGACAAAAAACAGUCAAAUGCCGGCACACAACUAUAUAUGGCACCCGAAGUAAUUAAUUUUGCCAGAUAUUCAACACAAUCGGAUAUCUAUAGUGUCGGCGUUACAGUAGAGAAGCUAUUCGGUAUAGAUAUCAAUAGUUUUAAUUUAAGUAAAAUGCGUGAACUGUCACCGUGUGAAUUGCACCCAUAUAUUGAAUGGCUGAUCAGUACUAUAAAAUCUAUGCACAAAGUGCUGCCAUCAAAAAGACAUACCAGUGCUGAUAUAAUACUUGAGAUGACAAAGUUGUCGCCCAAUUGGGUAAACAUUUUUGACACUAAUGUCAAUGCUAUGUAUGAUGUGGUAGAUCUUCGUGAAUCCGAUUGCCGGGUAAUCAACAAAAUUUUUGAUAGAUAUCUAAAACCAUUUGACAAUAGAGACUGUGAUUUAGAUUCCGAUAAUGAAUUGGAUUUGUCAUCAUUUUAUGAAUGA